GCUGCACCUUUAAGGCGGCGCGGAGGCUGCCGGGAAGGGCGGCGGGAUGGAGGCGGUGGGACCCGCUCGCGGCGGCCGGUCCGAGUGAAGCGGGGCGGGAGCCGGAGCCGGAGCGGCAGCGCCGAGCGCGAGGCGCAGGCGGCAAGGCCAUGGCCACGAUGGUGCUUCCGCGAGAGGAGAAGCUGAGCCAGGAUGAGAUCGUGCUGGGCACCAAGGCCGUCAUCCAGGGGCUGGAGACCCUGCGCGGGGAGCAUCGCGCCCUGCUCGCCCCCCUGGUCGCUCCUGAAGCCGGCGAGGCUGAGCCCGGCUCCCAGGAACGCUGUGUCCUCCUGCGCCGCUCCCUGGAAGCCAUCGAGCUGGGACUGGGGGAGGCCCAGGUGAUCCUGGCGCUGUCCAGCCACCUGGGGGCCGUGGAGUCGGAGAAGCAGAAGCUGCGGGCCCAGGUGCGGCGCCUGGUGCAGGAGAACCAGUGGCUGCGAGAGGAGCUGGCGGGGACGCAGCAGAAGCUGCAGCGCAGCGAGCAGGCGGUGGCCCAGCUCGAGGAGGAGAAGCAGCACUUGCUGUUCAUGAGCCAGAUCCGGAAGCUGGAUGAGGACAACUCCCCCAGCGAGGAGAAGGGGGAGGUCCCCAAAGACUCUCUGGACGACCUGUUCCCCAACGAGGAGGAGCAGAGCUCAGCCCCCAGCCCCGGAGGAGGGGACGCGGCUGCCCAGCACGGGGGCUACGAGAUCCCGGCCCGGCUCCGCACCCUGCACAACCUGGUGAUCCAGUACGCCUCCCAGGGCCGCUAUGAGGUGGCCGUGCCGCUGUGCAAGCAGGCGCUCGAAGACCUGGAGAAGACGUCCGGCCAUGACCACCCUGAUGUGGCCACCAUGCUCAACAUCCUGGCGCUGGUCUACCGGGACCAGAACAAGUACAAAGAGGCUGCUCACCUGCUCAAUGACGCCCUGGCCAUUCGCGAGAAGACACUGGGCAAGGACCACCCAGCUGUGGCUGCAACAUUAAACAACCUGGCGGUUCUGUACGGCAAGCGGGGCAAGUACAAGGAGGCCGAGCCUCUGUGCAAGCGGGCCCUGGAGAUCCGGGAGAAGGUCCUGGGCAAAUUUCAUCCCGAUGUGGCCAAGCAGCUGAGCAACCUGGCACUGCUCUGCCAGAACCAGGGCAAAGCCGAGGAGGUGGAAUACUACUACCGGCGGGCACUGGAAAUCUACGCCACACGGCUCGGGCCUGAUGACCCCAACGUGGCCAAGACCAAGAGCAACCUGGCCUCCUGCUACCUGAAGCAGGGCAAGUACCAGGAUGCGGAGACCCUGUACAAGGAGAUCCUCACCCGAGCUCACGAGAAGGAGUUUGGCUCUGUCAAUGGGGACAACAAGCCCAUCUGGAUGCACGCAGAGGAGCGGGAGGAGACCAAGAACAAGCGCCCGGACAGCACUGCCUAUGGGGAAUACGGCAGCUGGUACAAGGCCUGCAGAGUGGACAGCCCCACAGUCAACACCACCCUGCGCAGCUUGGGGGCCCUGUACCGGCGCCAGGGCAAGCUGGAAGCUGCGCACACACUGGAGGACUGUGCCAGCCGCAGCCGCAAGCAGGGCCUGGACCCUGCGAGCCAGACCAAGGUGGUGGAACUGCUGAAGGAUGGCAGCGGUGGGCGGGGGGACCGCCGUGGCAGCCGGGACGUGGCCGGGCGCGCUGGGGCUCAGGCUGAGUCUGACAUGGAGGAGGCAGGGCCCGCAGCCGAGUGGAGCGGGGAUGGCAGCGGCUCCUUGCGGCGCAGCGGCUCCUUGGGGAAGCUCCGAGACGCUCUGAGGCGCAGUAGUGAGAUGCUGGUGAAGAAGCUGCAGGGUGGGGGCCCCCAGGAGCCCCCAAACCCCAGGAUGAAGCGGGCCAGUUCUCUCAACUUCCUCAACAAGAGUGUGGAAGAGCCAGCCCAGCCUGGAGGCACAGGCCUCUCUGACAGCCGCGCCCUCAGCUCCAGCUCCAUGGACCUCUCCCGACGAAGCUCCCUGGUGGGCUAACCCUGAAGGGCAGCCAGUGCCACAGCCUGCACCGGCUCUGCCCUCCCCAGCCCUGCGCAUGGGCCUGCUGCUUGUCUUGCCUGACUCUCCCCAGGACCCGUCUUUUCUGUUCAAUCUCAGGGUAACCUCCUCCGUCAUCUCAGCCUGGGCCCUGGAGGCUGGGCCUGCCCGGCCCCAGCUCCACCCCUUAUUUACUCCUCCCAGCAGGGCCCUGUCCCUAGGUUCAGAGCCAGUGGAAGCUGGCUAGGGUCUUCCAGGUAGAGGCUCAGUGGCCUGCCAUCCCCUGACGCCGGAGUCAAGAACACUAAGUAACUGCCCUCCAGUCAGCACCCUGCCCUGCCUCCCCCCCUCCCCUCCUCCCCCCCUCCCCCUGCCUCCCGCCCCUCCUUGGCCGUUGCUUCUGUAUAUAGAGAAAUAAGUUAUUGGCCGCGCCCCUCUCCUCAGUCUACCGUACUGCCUGGGCUUCCCCUCACCCCGCCCUACUCUAGUGGUACCGCCCAGGCCUUAAUCACCCCCAUUCCACGCGGUGGUAUCUCCCAGGCUCCACAACACAUCUGGGGAUCUCCCCAAAAGGUUCCCUGGGCCUUGUCGCGCUCCUCCUGGACUCUGAGGGGUGUGGACUCUGAGGGAUGCGUCCUGCCCCACCGUCACUCUGUGCCCCGGAUGGAGAAUCCUCCCCUUAUCAGCCCCUCAACGCCGGGCCCUGCCCUGCAUCCCGGCCUUAUGCACUGUCCCUCCCGCCCGACCCCACCAGGCACUGCCUGUCGAGCCAUCCAACCACGCCUUCUCCCACGCCUGCAGCUUCUCUCGAGGGACAGUGAUGUCCCUGCUAUGGCAGGAGGGGCUGCUCCAGUUGUGGGGUGAGGUGGUCGUUCUCUAUUUUCAAAUGUUGCUGUAGAAAUAAAGAUGGUUUGAAUCUGA